ACGCUGUUCGGAGGAGCACCCACCGAGGUAAUAAAACGACGUCGCAAUUCGUUCGCAGUGAAUUCCCUGUAAAAUCUCGGAGAUGUUUACGUCUUUGAAUCUUUAGCUUGAUUGAAGCUCUGUAAUCGAAAAGCCGAAAGCCCUAAGAUUGUAGUCGGAUUCAGGAAAACAUAAAAUUUAAAUAGAAAAAAUAAAACGGAAAAGGAAUCGAACUCGAAAUGCCUCAGGUGAAGAUAAUCGCGAAGAAUUUCAUGGACAUGGUGUCCUCCUUGCCCGCCAUGAAGCUGGAUAAACUGUACGAGAAUGCGUUCAUCUGCGAAGCCAUUCUCAGGUCACUGCCACCUCUGGCCAAGAAGUAUGUUUUGCAAACGUUGUACAUUGAUGUUCCAAUAACAGCCAAGUCAAUGGAGGAGUGGGUGCUUCCAGAUGGGUCCUCAAAGCAUAGAGUUGCAAUUGAUAGAUUGAUUCAAUUAAGGAUAUUCACUGAGACUGUUGACAGGAGAAGGGAAACAACUUACAGAAUUCAUCCAACAUUUCAGACAAACCUCCAAAAGCUUGUAACACUUGGUGAGGUUUUGCCAAGGGAACCAAUGCCUUCUGACAUAACAGUGAGGCUCCCAAGCUUGGAGGAUCUUGAGGUUUAUGCCCUUGCACAAUGGGAGUGUUUUUUGCUCCAACUUAUAAACUCGGCUCAAGCUGAAAGGCCAUUAAAUAUAAGCCCUUCUAUGAUGAAAGUUUUCCAGCGAGGCCUUUUGAGUCAAAGGGAGAAGGAAGCUCCACGAUUAACUGAAAGUGGUUUUCAAUUCUUGCUGAUGGACACAAACGCACAACUUUGGUACAUCAUCAGAGAGUACAUCUCUAAUUCUGAGGACCGAGGCGUGGAUCCAGCUGAUUUGAUUUCAUUCUUACUAGAGCUCAGUUUUCAUGUCACUGGCAAGGCGUAUAAUAGUAACACGUUGACUGAGAUUCAGAGGAGUUUGAUUAAGGACCUCACAGAUUUGGGAUUGGUCAAACUCCAGCAGGGCAGGAAAGAGAGUUGGUUUAUACCUACUAAAUUAGCUACCAAUCUUUCAGUAAGCUUGACAGAUUCAUCAUCACGGAAACAAGGGUUUGUGGUCGUGGAAACAAAUUUUAGAUUGUAUGCGUACUCCUCUUCAAAGUUGCACUCUGAAGUUCUACGUCUUUUCUCAAGGAUAGAGUAUCAACUUCCUAAUCUUAUAGUCGGAGCAAUCACAAAAGAAAGUUUAUAUAAUGCCUUUGAAAAUGGUAUUGCAGCAGAGCAGAUAAUUACCUUUCUUCAGCAGAAUGCCCAUCCUCGUGUAGCAGAGAGAAUACCAUCUGUACCUGAAAAUGUCACGGAUCAGAUUAGGCUGUGGGAAUCAGAUCUUAAUAGAGUUGAGAUGAGUCCUGCACAUUACUACGAUGAAUUUCCUUCAAGGGAUGUCUUCGAGGCUGCUUGUGAUUACGCACGAGAGUGGAAUGGGUUGCUAUGGGAAGAUUCAAAAAGCAUGCGUAUAGUAGUCAAAGCAGAAAUACACAGCCAUAUGCGUGAACAUUUACGCCGUCAAAAGUAGUAGCUCGGAUAUUAUUUAAUCCAUCCGUGAUGAAGAUAACAGGAAACAAUCGAUUUCAGGCAGAGCAACAGGCAGCUGAACAUGCUGUGGCCUAUCUCUUGUAAUACAGAUCACGGGAGUAUAAUGUCCUCUUUAAUUAGAAUUGUUGAAUCAAAGGAUCUCCAUGUAUCAUAUAUUUUUUUAGUUUUUUCCCCUUAAAAUUGUAAAAUAUAUAUUUUAUUUUCUCC